AUGCAAGGAAGGAGGAGUGUGGCUGCGAGAGAGAUAGAUGGGAAGGCGACAGCAGUCACGGAUAAUUUAUCCUCUGUGGGAGAUUCCACCACAAAAAAAACCCUAACAAGAGCAACAAAUGAAUUGAGGAGGAUUAUGAUCAUGAACAUGAUUGUGCUUCCACCUCCAAGAAAAGGCGAGUGGUGUGGGAAGAGGAGCUUCACAAAAAGUUAA